AUGAAGUCGUUGGCUAGAUCUUACGUCUACUGGCCAGGCAUAGACAAAGACAUCGAGCAGCUAGCGAAAUCAUGCCACGAAUGUGCGCAAACCGCGUCAGCACCUCCUAAGUUCAAUAAGCACCAUUGGGAGUAUCCAUCCAAUGCUUGGGAGCGUGUGCAUAUUGACUAUGCUGGACCCGUCGCAGAUGCCAUGUUACUGAUCAUCGUGGAUGCGUACAGCAAGUGGGUAGAGGUGAAAAUUACUCACUCAACAACAACAGAAGCAACCAUCAAAAUCCUCGAUGAUAUAUUCGCAUCUUAUGGAGCUCCAGUAACAGUAGUGACAGACAACGGACCCCAAUUCACUUCAGAAGACUUCAGCAAUUUCCUUCAACGGAGUGGUGUCAAGUUUCACAAACGGUCAGCACCUUACCACCCGGCUACCAAUGGCCAAGCAGAGCGAUACGUUCAGACGGUCAAGCGAGCAUUGAAGGCGAUGCAUUCUACGAGCGCCACACUCCAAGCCAACCUGAACAAAUUCCUGCUACAGUACCGGAAAGCCCCGCACAGUGAAACAGGCGAACCACCAGCGAAGCUCUUCUUGGGACGGAACAUCCGUUCACGUAUCGAUCUGCAGACAUUUCAUAUGAGUGACGCUUUGGCCGAGCUAAAUGAAAGCGUUGCUAACAUCGAUUUGGCUAUAAAGCAGACGGAUGACGAGGCGAACACUCACAAGAUGACCGAUACCGACGCGCCGGAAACGGAUAUAGCUGCCUUGGAAAAGGAGUUACAAGUGCUUGACCUUCGUCGCAAAAUCGCCAUUUUGAAAUCAUCGAGCACCGUAUCAGCACCGCUACUGACGUUGUAA